GGAGUAUAUGGUAAUGCAUUGCAAGCUGCAGUAGGACCUGGGGGAAACCUGGAUAUUGUCAAGUUUCUUGUAGAGAAUGGUGCCAAUGUCAACGCACAUGGAGGGGAUUGUGGGAAUGCAUUGCAAACUGCAAUAUGUUGGGGAAAAGUGGAUAUCAUGAAAUUUCUUGUAGAAAAUGGUGCCAAUGUAAAUGCAUGUGGAGGGGAACAUGGGAAUGCAUUGCAAGCUGCAGUAUAUUUAGGAAGAGCAGAUAUUGUGAAAUAUCUAGUGGAACAAGGUGCUGAUUCAAAU